UGGCGUUACUGGGGCUGACGUCACUGAUCCGGGUCCCGGGCGGGCGCAGUGGCCAAGAUGGCGCCCGUGGAGGAGAGGAAGCUUCUGGGCGCCGCCGCCGCCAACAACCAGGAGGCGGCCGAUGAGGACGAGGGGCCCAACCUGUGGACCUCUAUCCUCAGUGAAGUCUCCACCCGGUCUCGGUCAAAACUGCCCACAGGGAAAAAUAUUCUUGUGCUUGGUGAGGAUGGAUCAGGCAAGACAACACUCAUGGCCAAGCUCCAAGGUGCAGAGCACAACAAGAAAGGGAGGGGCCUGGAAUAUUUAUACCUGAACAUACACGACGAAGACCGAGAUGAUCACACGCGCUGUAAUGUAUGGAUUCUGGAUGGCGAGCUGUACCAUAAGGGCCUCCUCAAGUUUGCAGUGUCUGGGGAUAACUUAAAGAACACUCUGGCUGUCUUUGUGGCAGACAUGGCCAGACCUUGGACUAUCAUGGAUUCAUUACAGAAAUGGGCGAGCGUUUUGCGUGAGCAUGUCGACAAGCUGAAGAUCCCACCUGAAGAAAUGAGGAUAAUGGAACAGAGAUUGGUGAAAGAAUUCCAGGAGUACGUGGAGCCCGAGGAGGGAACUCAUGGAUCCCCACAGAGGAGAGCUCCCGUGCCGGGUCAGGAAGAAGAGGAGGUAGUUUUGCCACUGGGUGAGAAUGUACUAACGCACAACCUGGGAAUCCCGGUGCUGGUCGUCUGCACAAAGUGUGAUGCAGUCAGCGUACUAGAGAAGGAGCACGAUUACAGGGACGAGCACUUUGAUUUCAUUCAGUCACAUAUUCGGAGAUUCUGCUUGGAGUAUGGUGCUGCCUUGAUUUAUACGUCAAUAAAAGAAGAAAAAAAUGUUGAUCUCUUGUAUAAAUAUCUUGUCCACAAAAUGUACGACUUCCAGUUUACUACACCUGCCUUGGUGGUGGAAAAAGAUGCAGUUUUUAUUCCUGCAGGAUGGGACAAAGAUAAGAAAAUUGCUAUUUUGUACGAGAACUUAGCGACAGUGAAGCAAGACGAUGCCUACGAGGAUAUCAUCGGCAAGCCUUUGAUUAAAAAGCCUGUCCAUGAUAAAGAAGUGGCCUCAGAGGAUGAGCAAGUUUUCCUCAUGAAGCAGCAGUCUCUCCUUGCCAAACAGCCUGCCACUCCUUCAAGACCUGCUGACUCGCCAAGGCAACCGGGUGGUUCCCCCCGGACCCCGAGACAACCAGGUGGCACAAACAUGGUGACUGCCGUGCCGCCUAUCACAUCGGGAACUCCGAAAGGUCCUGCCGCUGCAAACGAAGGAGUGCUGGCCAACUUCUUUAAUAGUUUAUUGAGUAAAAAGACGGGUUCUCCCGGGAGUCCCGGAGCCGCAGGGGUACAGAACGCAGCCAAGAAGCCAGGACAAAAGCCGAUUUUAACAGACGUUCAGGCAGAGCUUGACAGGAUGUCUCGAAAACCAGAUCCUGUGGUCACAACAAACAGUUCUCCAACAGAAAACGAAGCCUAAUAGCUGCAGACACACUAUGUAUAGUAUAAUAUUUAAAAAUAAAAGACCAAAUUAGACAAUUGCAUCAAUUGAGAGGACCGACAGUUGUCUAAUGCGGCAGUCUCUAUCAGUUUUUGUUUGGGGGGGCAUGAAGGCGUCACUAAAUUUUAAAAUGACUUGUUGCAGGAAACGCGUGUGCAUUCCAGAGAUGUAAAUAAAUCCCUGUGUCUAACAACAUUCUAAUCAAAAAGUCUGAGCAGAAAGAUCGAGGGGCAGACACCUCAUACAAGUGGGGAAAUGAGGUGGUGUCUGGUGCAGAUGAGAGAGUAGGGGCAUUUGGAAACUGGACGGUGUCGCUUAGAAAACUAGCUUGUAGCGGUGUGUUCUUUGAAUGGGAGCCUGUGGAUAUUGGGAGAAAUUGCGCUCAUUCCUCUCGCCUGUUGACAGUUAUUGGAAGCCUUAUUGACAUUUCCACCAGACACCAUUGUCCAGGUUAAUUGGCUGAAACGGCAGUCAUUGGAUGGUGGACCAAGCUCUUCCAGGUGUAGAGCAGCUGACAACGUGACGUGCGCUGGGAAAGAGAAGAGGAAGGGAGAUGGGAAGGAGUAGUACUCUUAGUGGUUGUGAAAGUUAUUAACAAACCUUUCAAAUGAAUCAGGUCUUAGGAGUAGUUGGGCUAAUAACUUAUAAAAUCAUGAAUCUAUUAAAAGACCAAAUUGUCUUUAUUUGAAUUUGAACAUUUUGGGGAAGUUUGGAGGGCACUUUGAGUUAUUGGUUGUUGUUGGGGACACAGGGAGGAGGAGGAACCUGCUGGAUACAAGUGCCUGACACACCACGCAGGGUAGUAUGCACUCAACUCAAAUGCACUAUAGCACAAGCGCCUGGUCGCUUCUUGACGUUUUAUUUUUUUUAAAGCUUAAUUUAAAAGUUAUUUUGCCCAGGAAUGGAGCUUUGUUUCUCAUUUGUUUUUAAUUUUCUUGUGAUAGCUCUGCCUUCCUUUAACUGCGGUGAGUUGGGCCAUCUUGGAACAAAACGGAAUUUUAAAAGUGUUUUUUUUUUUUUUUUCUUCCUCGCCUUGCCCCCACUAAAAGAUAGAUCAUUCCAUUGCCUAGCUGCAGUUAGUAAAAUGGCACAUUGCCAACUGUAAACACCACUUGAUGUGAAGUACCAGGUUCUGGCAUUGCAUUCUCAAGGGGGUAACCACAGUGGGAUUGUGUGGACUCUACCUUCUGUUGCAUAAACUGUACUAACUUGUGCUAAAGUGGGAUGUCUGACAAUCUUCAUUUUCCUAUAACAUUGCAUAUAUAUUAUCAAGACAGUAAUAUAUUUACCACUAAAAGCUGGGCAUAAUUAGCUUCUUUGCACUUUCCAAUAGCAAGGCUGUUUAUAUAAUUUUAAUAUUUUUGAGGCUCUUACCUGUAAUAUGUACGUAUGGAAGAUUAACCAUGGGCAAUAGAUUCCUGUCAACGUACAUUGUUCCUCGUUUCCUUGCGCCAAGGAGGGAACUGGCAACGUGUCUGGGUUUGUCUGGACAGUUUACCUAAAUGUAUAACCAAAGUUAGCGAGGCUUUGGUGAAACUGCACACUUUGGUCCACUGUUUCACUUUUAAUUGUUUUUAAACUUGAACUGCUGGAACCAAACAUGCAAACUUUAAACUGCUUUGAAGUUAACAGAACAAAAGGUUAAUCCAUAUAACUUGUAUAGCGGGAUGCUGAAUAAUUGUUACACAAACCUUGAAUCCCAAUUAAUGCUUUGUGGACUUUUCUCUGCCUUUGUCUCUAUAUAGAUUCUCUCCCCCCCCCCCCCCCCCUUCUCCCUCUCUCUGCAUGCUUGAACUCACCUAAUUUUUCCUCUUCAUUUUUCCUUGUGAUUCACAUUUUUGUCUCCAUCUGCACUUCUAUUUUAAUCAAAUAUAAUGUUCUAUUACUCUCUGUCUAUUCUUUAUUCCUCCUUCCCUGCUUCUUGGCCAUCUAUUAUUUUUUUUCUGUCCGUUCCUCAAUCCCGUUCAUCGGUCUGUGCCACUCUCUUAACCUCUCCCCUUCCGAGUGAUCACUGGUUCGAAUCUUUACUAAAAUCUGUCAAAGGGAAGUGGCUUCAAGUGUUCCCAUGAGAAAUGAAGUGAAAUUUCUGCUGCUUAAUUUAAACUUUGCACUUGAAAGAUAUUACAGGGGGAAAUCAAAUUGGAAGUUCAGAACAACUUGUAAAUGAAAAAGUUCAGCAAAAAUGAUCACUAGCAGUGGGGAGAGAGGUAGGGUUGGUGUUUGUAUAUAAAUUUGGUUUCCGUUUACCACUUUAGGUUAUUUUUUGUAUUAAUGUCAGACAGAAAUUGUAACACUGAGGAGAGUUUGGAUUUUGUUUGUUUAUGGCUUUAACAUGAGAGAACCUUGCUGACAAAGACAAAAAUGUGUGUCUCAAUAUACCAGCUUCAAUAAAUGUGAAUCCACACCCUCUGCCGCA